AUGGAAUCUGCAAUCAGGCCAAAGAAUAAUGAAAUCUCUAAGAUCCCUCAAGAAGCACAAGACGAGUCCAGGAGGCUCAAUCAUCUGUUAACAAGGCAGAGCAGAAAAGGCCCAAGUCGGAUAACCCUCAGCAGCAGGAUAAUCCAGAACAGCUCGACAGAGCCAAACCCCAGUCCAACCAGAAAAGAAGCCGCCCAACCCCAGGAGCGACCACCACUAUUCAUCAGGCGACAGUCUGGAUAUAGGACUCCAAAGCCAGCCCUCCACUGCAGUUAA